GGUGGCAACGUCUUUCAGUGCCAGUGCAGUGUUGAGGGCGAUUUCUUUCACAGAAAAGAAAUGGUGUGCGAUUGUGAUUAGAUUAUAAAUAAUAAGAAUCUAAAAACCAACAAAUGUGUUUAAUUUGAUAAUAAUCAUAAUAAAUAAGCUACAAAGUGAACGCAUCUUUAAAUACCGAUUCCAGCACGUUAUUAAUUGUUUUAACUAUAUAUUUGUAUGUAUGCUUGUGUAUUGUGUGCAUGUAUGUGUGUGUGUGUGAUCUUUUAGGUGUAUGCGAGUGUACAAGUGUGUGUUUGCCUGCGAGUUUCUCAGUUGAUUCGCGAAAUUGAGAAUAGAAAGAUGGUGCUCGGUAAAUUAGUGAUUAAGAAAUUCUCCAGUUAAUAAUUGGAAUCAAAGCAAAUCAAAAAUGCUCCCCUCACCGCUGCACUAUUCGACGAUGAGGCCACAGGCGCCGGCGGUGCACGAUCCCAAAAAGGAUGAGCUCCGCACUGCACCAUGGUACUGGGGCAACAUAACGCGAGAGGAGGCAAAGAACGUAUUGUUCGGCAAGCCGGAUGGCAGCUUUUUAGUUCGCGAUGCCCAAGCAAAAAAGGGUGAAUACACAUUGACCCUGAUGAAGGAUGGCAACGAGAAGCUUAUCAAGAUUUGCCACAUAAAUGGAAACUAUGGUUUUGUUGAAAAAUAUCAGUUCAAUUCGGUUGUGGAAAUGAUCAACUAUUAUACGAUCAACUCGCUGAAGAUGUACAAUAAGACGCUGGACAUAACGCUCAGCAAUCCAAUAUAUUGCCCCUUCGAUGAUGACGAUGCACAGCCUCAGGGUGAUAUACAUGUAUUAAGUGAUGAAUUUAUACGAUGCUCUCAAAUUCUACUGCAACGGGAGCAGGCGCUCGAUCAGAAGAAGACGGCAUUUAAUGAAAUCCGUGAGGAACUGCGGGAGAAGAAGUUGCAUCAACGUGCGUUUGCCAAUGCGGAAAAGAUGUUUCGCAGUCAAAUAGAAUUGUUUGAAUCGUUUAUGAUUAAGUCCAACAAGGAGGAUCCAGAGUUGCAAUUGCAAUAUAAUCUGUCGAACCUGAAAGCCUAUCUCGAAGAAGUGCACGGCCAAAUGGAAACCAUGAAUCUGGAAAUUAUGUCUCGAAAGGAGGACGAACAGUUGCUGGAACGUCAAAUAAAUGCUAGCAAGCCGGAGCUCCAGGAAUUGCAAUUGCGCAAGGACAAGCACAUUGAGCGUCUUAAAGGCUUUGGUCUAACCGAGGGAGAUCUACAAGAAAUACUGGAAAUGGGCUUCGACAAGUGGAAGCAAUAUUAUGAUAAGGCAUCAAAUCAGCCGCAUCGCAAUGAAUCUUUGUGGUUCCUCAAGGAUGUUAAGCGACGGAAUGCCGAGGAUCUGCUGAAGGGCGCACCAACUGGCACAUUCCUGAUACGGGCGCGCGAUGCCGGACACUAUGCGCUAUCCAUUGUCUGCAAGGCGGGCAUACACCAUUGUAUCAUUUAUGAGACGGAGACGGGAUUUGGUUUUGCCGCUCCGUACAACAUAUAUUCAUCGCUGAAUAAAUUGGUUGAGCAUUAUGCCUGCAAUUCGCUGGAGGAGCACAAUGACACGCUGACGACAGUGUUGCGCAUUCCGGUGCUCUAUUGGUUGGAGGACAAACAGAAUGUUUUGGCACUGCUGCAGGAGGAGUUGGAGUCUGAGGAGCAGGAACGACUUGCACAGGAGGCAGAACUAAUGACAGCAAUGACUGCAAUGACAGCCAGCAGCAGUGCACCAAUACCCACGACACGAUCACGAGAUCAUAGCGGCCAUGACACUGUCGAUGCAUCGCUGGGCAGCAGCGAAACGGAAACGCCACCGGCAUCCAUAUCGCCUUCCAACUUUAGCACAUCGCAAUAGGUGAUGAAAGAGCACAACCAAGCAAAAACAAAUCCCCCUCCUGAAACAAAAUCUCCCUGUGCUACAAGUGUCCAAGCCAAUACCUUAGGCUAGCUAUCUCUCAUUGGAAUCCCUGCGAUGCAUCUGUCACCCUGUUCCCACUUCCCAGUCCCCCUAUAAUGGUGUCUCUCUUAAUCAUAUAUUUAACAAAAAAAAAAAAAGGAAACAAUUUUUGUGUGAUGGCGGCAGCUCGGGAACAGAACAGUUCAACUGUCAGCCCCGCAUCACCGCUUUUAAAGCGAAAAAAACGAAAUAACAAACAGCAAACGAAACAGUAACAAGUAAUUUGGUGAUCAUGUUGAUGUCGCUUACAAAAAAUAUACAUAUAAUAUGUAUAUAUAUCCUAUAUAUAUCUCCAUAUGUAUAUGUAUAUGUGGUACGUGUUUUCGUUAUUGUUUCUUUCUUGUAACAAUGCAUUUCGCUUGAUAAGUGAUAAUAUCAGGCCAACUGCUAUAUGAAUUAUUGGAGUCUCCUAUCCACAUAAUUACCAUAUUAAAAAGCGUCUAAUCUAUAUUAAAGUAAAGAUCGGUAGAACUUUGCACGCUGCGCGUCUUCAACGUAAAACCGAUUUUGAAAGGAUCAGAUAAAAACAUUAUAAUCAUAAAUUCAUUACCUACAAAAUGCGAAAACUCUUUGUCGUGUUCAUUGUAAGUAAAUAUAUAUACAUAUUUAUUUAUAUGUAUGUAUAUAUAUAUAUAUAUAUAUAUAUAUAUAUAUAUAUAUAUAUUAGUUUUGGAAUUCGGUCGAUCGGUAACGGUUUCGUCAUCCGAUAUAACAGAUUUUGAUAAUCGCAACGGGCAAUCCAAUCCGACCACCAAAUUAUUUGUUGUUAUUACGAGUCUAAAUGAUUUUGAAAUAGUUUUAAGUACAAUUUACAAUAAGUAUGUUUACUCGAUGUGAUCAGUUGUCUGUUGCUACUCUAUCAUAAUUAUUUUGUUUUUUUUUCCUGUAAUCCAUCUAUAGUUAUACAUCAUUUUGUGUUUUAUAUUACAAUAAUUAAUUAACUUUAUAGACAGUAUACGUUAAACACAAUCACAAAUACACACACACACACACACAGCAACAACGAUGAGAAACAAAAGUGCAAUCGGCAAACGAAACAA